AGCUGUGCCAUGUCAGCGGCUGCCCCAACCAAGAUGGCGGAAGAAGAUCUUGAAGUACCUGGUUCCUAAAUAAUUCCUUUUUCUUCCCUCACGAAAAACGUGAAAUCUCGAUUAACAAUGCCUCUAUCCUCCGACAAAUCCUUACUUGGCAAUGAAACUAAGGAUACUCUCCCAUCAGACAGUACUGACGUAUUCCUGGUCUCGCUUGGGCUGAAUGCAGGAAUUGCGGUGGUGAUUUUGUCGUUGUUCUCGCAUUUGAGGACACGAAUAAAGCGCCUUUACGCCCCGAGACUUAUUCUCCUUGACACCAUGUUUCCUCUUGGUAAACUUCCAAACUCUUCUUUCGCGUGGAUCAUGCCAGCAUUCAUGGCAAACGACGAUGAUAUUUUCUUCUACUCUGGCAUCGACGCGUUUGUGUACAUUCGAUUCAUGAAACUCUGUUUCAAGAUCUCUUUGAUACUUCUGCCUUAUGGGAUAGCUGUACUAUUACCGUUAAACCACUAUGGUGGAAUGGACGCUACGGGUCUUGAUAAGCUCACCAUGUCAAAUAUCAAGGAAAGGUCACCAAAAUUGUGGGCACACUUGGUGGCGGUGUGGGGGUACACUCUUGUCAUAUGCUAUCUCCUGUAUGAGGAGUGGAGAGUUUAUGUGCUCUACAGGCAGGAACAUCUGUCUAAAGGGUUACGCAGCCAGUAUACUGUUUUUGUGAGUGAGCUACCAACUCAGCUACAAGAUGAAGACAGUAUGAAAGCUUAUGUUGAAAAACUUUUUCCUGGGCAGGUUGAAGAUGUGACCAUUGUUGAGGAUUUGUCAAUAUGGAAAAAGAUGAUUAAACUCCAUGACAAAUUAGUUCUCAAGCAGGAGAAGGCUCAGUUCAACAUGGAAUGUACUGGAGAGCGACCUUCUCAUACAUUAAAUCUAUGUGGAGACGAAAUUGACUCAUUGACCUUCUAUGAAGAUCAAUUACAGAAAUUACAAGUUCAGCUGGAAGAGGAGAUGAACAAGAAGCACUGCAUUCUUCCCUGUGCAUUUGUAGUCUUCAAAUCCUUGAAAGCAGCCAACAUUGCAGCCCAGUGUCUGUGGGAUAAUGUGUCUAUGAAGGUCAAUGUUGAGCCAGCCCCUGAUGUCAAGGCGGUCAUCUGGGGAAACCUCAGCAUUGGGUUUCUGAACAGGCAGCUCCGUACUGUCUUAGUCUGGCUGUUCUUGUUUUUCCUUGUGUUCUUCUGGACUAUUCCAACAAGCUUUGUCUCCUCACUUAUAGCACUCGACAACUUGAGAAAACUUGUUCCAUUCCUUGGUGACUUCGAUAAGUACCCGUCAUUUGUGAGGCUGUUCAUCAAAGGCUUUUUAUCAAGUAUUGCCCUGUGGUUGUUCUACCUUAUUCUGCCCUGGCUUGUGCGUUUAUUGACCACUCUUGAGGGUGUUCGCUCAAAGUCUGAAGUAGAUGAGUUGGUUCUUGGUAGACUUUUUGUAUUUAAGGCAGUCAACCAGUUCUUGUUCCUGUCCCUGGCUGGCUCUGCACUAAACAAACUCAGGGAGAUGAUUGACGCGCCAAAGGAGAUCCCUGAUUUUUUGGCCACCACUCUUCCCUCCCAGUCCACCUUCUUUAUCUCCCUCAUCAUGCUCUAUGCCCUUCCAUUCUACAGUCUGGAGCUCCUGCAGCUCUUCCCACUGAUUCUAUGGCCAUUUGCGAAGUGUUCUCAGCGCACUCCAAGAGAAGAGAAGGAGUCAUGGAGGCCAUCUUCUCUACCUUAUGAUCAAAUGUAUUCAGAUCACCUUCUCAUGUUUAUGGUUGGCCUGUCCUACUCCGUUCUGGCUCCUCUUAUCUCACCCUUUGUGGUGAUGUACUUUGGCUUUGGCUGUGUAGUCUGGACAUACCAGGUGUUGUGUGUCUAUAUCCCUACUCACAGCACGGGCGGUAAGCUUUGGCCAGUCAUAUUUAACAGAAUGGUUGCAAGUCUCAUCAUUUUCCAUCUUCUGAUGAUCGGCAUAUUCGGACUCAAAGAAAACUUCACUAUUGCCCUGUUAGUCCUUCCACUCCCAGUCAUCACCAGUGUCUUCUAUUACUUCAUGCAGCAGUAUUACUAUGAACCAUCACGGUUCCUGUCCCAGGAGAUGGCCAGUGGUCUCAGCGAAGCUAGUCCCAGGGUACUACAAGAGGCUGUGCAGGGCUAUGUGCGUAACAACCGCUUACCGACAGUCUUUGGGCUCAGCACAGACAAUGCAAGUGAACGGGAUCAGCUUGAAUACGAAGAGAUACAAACCCAAAAUGAGCGCACUCGACUUGUCCCCUCCCCUCCAAGGUUGCAAGAAGAGCGGGUGGACCUAGUUGUUCUGUAAAACUACCUCCUUUUCUCCUUUCUGAUUGCCGCAGAAAUGCUUUUAUGAUCCAGCCCUUCCUCGCAUGUCUGCUUAUAGCUAUUCUGCAGUCUAUCUCUUUUGUCCGUUUUUUUCUAGAUAGUGUAGGGCAGAUCUAGGUUUUUACUCCGGAGGGGGGGGGGGGGGGGGUCAUCUAAGCGUUGCGUCUCCGUUGUCUUCCUUUGUGUGGGUAUAUUUCUGGUAAUUCCCCUUUUUUACCUUAUGAAGUGUAGUUUAGAUAUAAGCCAUUAUGUGGCGCAAGACUGCCAUAAUAAUUUAUGUAUAAUAUUGGAGGUAAAAAAUUAGUUCUAAAAAUUAACCAGAAAUCUACCAAAUAGAUGAAUAUUGUACUAUUUUGUAGCAACAGGGGUCCAUAAAUGAGACCCUGGUAGCUAUCAAAGCGUAAUAAAUAAUAUAAUGAUAAUAAA